AUGACGUCCCUUGCCUUGGCCAACCCUCCCACCCUAAUGAGUCUCCCGAUCGAGCUCCGAUGCAAGAUCUACGUGCAAGUCUUCGACAACGAGGGAAAGAUUCACGCACUCAACCGCCGCCCUGACCAUCGACCUAAGAGACACCAGAAGAGACGCCAGGGGAAGAUGACCGUCCCGCCUCUCUUGCUCGCCUGUAAGCAGAUUCAUGCAGAAGGUACAGACAUCUUCUGGCAGAAGCGACUGUUGUGGCUGAACAAAGCCACCUACAAAUAUCUGAGCGACAAGUUUCUUGCUUCGUCGAUGACUCUAUCUCUGCUCGUACCGAAGCUGAGCCAAACUGUUGCUGCGAAUAUCCGUCAUAUUCGCGGCCAGGAUACCACUCAAUGGGCAAAGAUGAACAAGGGCCGGGCCAGAUUCCUUCUUCGUCAGCUUCCCAACCUCAAGACAUUCCGUUUCCACGGAAAAUGCCAUGCCUGGCCUUUCUGGAGCGGCAGCGAAUACGACGAGGGUAUCAUGAAGUCGGCUCUCGAGUACUGUGGGGGCGAUUUCGGCCCAGUCAACGACACCCAAGACAUCAUCAAAAGCUUCCCUCUCAACCCCAACACGUGCAAGAUCGAGUUCCAGGUGGUCAUCGUCUGGACAGCCAUGGUCCUGGAUGACUACGAUGUCUACGAGAUACACAUCAAUCUGAACACCGGAAAGCACAAGAUCGUGCCCGGUCGAGCGGAUGACUUUGGCGAGUUCGAGCUCGGUCACUGGGUCGAGGAAGACGAGGUCUGGGAAGAGCUGCGUGCAGUCCAGUGA